AUGGCUUCCACUCUCGCCUUCCCUCAGCAGCAACAGCAGCAGCAGGCCCUGCCAAUCCAGUCCGUCAGCUCCUCCAACAUUGACAACAGUCUCCUCAGCGCUCUGGCAACUUAUGUCACCACCGGCAGCCACGCCCGCAGCACCACUGAGCAGGAGAUCCAGGAGCUUGCCUCUGCUGUUGUUGCCAAGCCCGGUGGCCGAGCUCACCUCGAGUCCCUCAUCCAAUUCGACUCCUGCCCCGACCACCAGGUCUGGAAGAACCAGGCUAAUGCCAGCGGAAAGAUCAACAUUACCAAGACUAACCUCACCAUCGCCCUCGAAGUUGCUACUCUUGAGUUGAGCUUCUCUGCUUCUGGCGCUGGCUUCUAUGUCCCCUGGAGUGGUUCCCUGAACGCUGGUACCCUCUACUACAAUGAGUUCAGCCAGCUCACUCCCGGAAAUGCCACCUUCAAGCUUUGGGUCAAAGGUCUUGACUUCUAUGUUAGCAUCUACCGCAACCAGGUCUACAUCGGCAACUUCUUCUAUCCUAACAUCGGCUUUGUCUUCCCUCCCGGCACCAUCGACCUCAACGGUACUAUUGCCUAA